ACACUCGUACGCUUGCGGGCUGGCGUGCGCGCUACGCGGCCGGAGUCGGGCGGAGCGGGGGACGGUGGGGAAGAACGCGAGGAGGGAGGAGUGGGAGGUUGGGGGGGCGCUAGGCGCCCUUCGCUCCCUCCCUCUGGAGGAGCAGCCGCCGCCACCGCCGCCACUCUGCUGCCGCCGCCGCCGCCGCUCCCGCCGCCAUUUUGGGUUCGCUUUGCGGAGGGGAGACGAUCCCAGUCUCGGUUGCGGGACCCGCCUCCCCUCAGUUUGCCCCCUUUAGCCUCCACCUUUCCCUUCUCCUCUCUCGCAUUUCCGCCAGUCAGCUUACCCGCUGGCCGCCUCCUGACAAGCGGGAGGGAUCCGCCGUGGACCCAGGGAAGCGGAGGAGCCUGGCGGCCACCCCCUCUUCCCCACUUCCCUGCACUCUCGUCGCUCUCGGCUUCGGCCUCCGACACGAGAAUGAUGCUGGUUUCAAGUUUUGGAGAUCCCUGUUUUUUAUGGAACACAGUUCUGUAAAAUUUUCAUAAGAUUCCUUGGCAAUAACAUACGCUUGUGAUGGACCCUAGAAAUACUGCUAUGUUAGGAUUGGGUUCUGAUUCCGAAGGUUUUACAAGAAAGAGUCCUUCUGCCAUCAGUACUGGCACAUUGGUCAGUAAGAGAGAAGUAGAGCUAGAAAAAAACACAAAGGAGGAAGAGGACCUUCGCAAACGGAAUCGAGAAAGAAACAUUGAAGCUGGGAAAGAUGAUGGUUUGACUGAUGCACAGCAACAGUUUUCAGUGAAAGAAACAAACUUUUCAGAGGGAAAUUUAAAAUUGAAAAUUGGCCUCCAGGCUAAGAGAACUAAAAAACCUCCAAAGAACUUGGAGAACUAUGUGUGUCGACCUGCCAUAAAAACAACUAUCAAGCACCCAAGGAAAGCACUUAAAAGCGGAAAGAUGACAGAUGAAAAGAAUGAACACUGUCCUUCAAAACGAGACCCUUCAAAGUUGUACAAGAAAGCAGAUGAUGUUGCAGCCACUGAAUGCCAGUCUGGAGAAGUCAUCCAUCUUCAUUCACAGGGAGAAAACAAUCCUUUGUCUAAGAAGCUAUCUCCAGUACACUCAGAAAUGGCAGAUUAUAUUAACGCAACACCAUCUACUCUUGUUGGUAGCCGGGAUCCUGAUUUAAAGGACAGAGCAUUACUUAAUGGAGGAACUAGUGUAACAGAAAAGUUGGCACAACUGAUUGCUACCUGUCCUCCUUCCAAGUCUUCCAAGACAAAACCGAAGAAGUUAGGAACUGGCACUACAGCAGGAUUGGUUAGCAAGGAUUUGAUCAGGAAAGCAGGUGUUGGCUCUGUAGCUGGAAUAAUACAUAAGGACUUAAUAAAAAAGCCAACUAUCAGCUCAGCAGUUGGAUUGGUAACUAAAGAUCCUGGGAAAAAGCCAGUGUUUAAUGCAGCAGUAGGAUUGGUCAAUAAGGACUCUGUGAAAAAACUGGGAACUGGCACUACAGCGGUAUUCAUUAAUAAAGACUUAGGCAAAAAGCCAGGAACUAUCACUACAGUAGGAUUGCUAAGCAAAGAUUCAGGAAAGAAGCUAGGAAUUGGUAUUGUUCCAGGUUUAGUGAAUAAAGAGUCUGGCAAGAAGUUAGGACUUGGCACUGUGGUUGGACUGGUUAAUAAAGAUUUGGGAAAGAAAUUGGGUUCUACUGUUGGCCUAGUGGCCAAGGACUGUGCAAAGAAGAUUGUAGCAAGUUCAGCAAUGGGAUUGGUUAAUAAGGACAUUGGAAAGAAACUAGUGAGUUGUCCUUUGGCAGGUCUGAUCAGUAAAGAUGCCAUAAACCUUAAAGCCGAAGCACUGCUCCCCACUCAGGAACCACUUAAGGCUUCUUGUAGUACAAACAUCAAUAAUCAGGAAAGUCAGGAACUUUCUGAAUCCCUGAAAGACAGUGCCACCAGCAAAACUUUUGAAAAGAAUGUUAUACGGCAGACUAAAGAAAGCAUAUUGGAAAAGUUCUCAGUACAAAAAGAAACCAUUAAUUUGGAGAAAGAAAUGUUUAAUGAAGGAACAUGCAUUCAGCAAGACAGUUUCUCAUCCAAUGAGAGGGGAUCUUAUGAAACCUCAAAGCAUGAAAAGCAGCCUCCUGUAUAUUGCACUUCUCCAGACUUUCAAAUGGGAGGUGCUUCUGAUGUAUCUACGGCUAAAUCCCCUUUCAGUGCAGUAGGAGAAAGCAAUCUCCCUUCCCCAUCACCUACUGUGUCUGUUAAUCCUUUAACCAGAAGUCCCUCUGAAACUUCCUCACAGUUGGCUCCUAAUCCAUUACUGUUAAGUUCUACUACAGAACUAAUUGAAGAAAUUUCUGAAUCUGUUGGAAAGAACCAGUUUACUUCUGAAAGUACUCACUUGAAUGUUGGUCAUAGGUCGGUGGGUCAUAGCAUUAGUAUUGGAUGUAAAGGGAUUGAUAAAGAGGUAAAUGAUUCAAAAACUACCCAUAUAGAUAUUCCAAGAAUCAGCUCUUCCCUUGGAAAAAAGCCAAGUUUGACUUCUGAAUCCAGCAUUCAUACUAUUACUCCUUCAGUUGUUAACUUCACUAGUUUAUUUAGUAAUAAGCCUUUUUUAAAACUGGGUGCAGUAUCUGCAUCAGACAAACACUGCCAAGUUGCUGAAAGCCUAACUACUAGUUUGCAGUCCAAACCAUUAAAAAAAAGAAAAGGAAGAAAACCUCGGUGGACUAAAGUGGUGGCAAGAAGCACAUGCCGGUCUCCAAAAGGGCUAGAAUUAGAAAGAUCAGAGCUUUUUAAAAACGUUUCGUGUAGCUCACUAUCAAAUAGUAAUUCUGAGCCAGCCAAGUUUAUGAAAAACAUUGGACCCCCUUCAUUUGUAGAUCAUGACUUCCUUAAACGCCGAUUGCCAAAGUUGAGCAAAUCCACAGCUCCAUCUCUUGCUCUCUUAGCUGAUAGUGAAAAACUAUCUCAUAAGUCUUUUGCUACUCACAAACUAUCCUCCAGUAUGUGUGUCUCUAGUGACCUUUUGUCUGAUAUUUAUAAGCCCAAAAGAGGAAGGCCUAAAUCUAAGGAGAUGCCUCAACUGGAAGGGCCACCUAAAAGGACUUUAAAAAUCCCUGCUUCUAAAGUUUUUUCUUUACAGUCUAAAGAAGAACAAGAACCCCCAAUUUUACAGCCAGAAAUCGAAAUCCCUUCCUUCAAACAAAGUCUGUCUGUGUCUCCUUUUCCAAAAAAGAGAGGCAGGCCUAAGAGGCAAAUGAGGUCACCAGUCAAGAUGAAGCCACCUGUACUGUCAGUGGCUCCAUUUGUUGCCACUGAAAGUCCAAGCAAGCUAGAAUCUGAAAGUGACAACCAUAGAAGUAGCAGUGAUUUCUUUGAGAGCGAGGAUCAACUUCAGGAUCCAGAUGACCUAGAUGACAGUCAUAGGCCAAGUGUCUGUAGUAUGAGUGACCUUGAGAUGGAACCAGAUAAAAAAAUUACCAAGAGAAACAAUGGACAGUUAAUGAAAACAAUUAUCCGCAAAAUAAAUAAAAUGAAGACUUUAAAGAGAAAGAAACUGUUGAAUCAGAUUCUUUCAAGUUCUGUAGAAUCAAGUAAUAAAGGGAAAGUGCAAUCCAAACUCCAUAAUACGGUAUCAAGUCUUGCAGCCACAUUUGGCUCUAAAUUGGGCCAACAGAUAAAUGUCAGCAAGAAAGGAACCAUUUAUAUAGGAAAAAGAAGAGGUCGCAAACCAAAAACUGUCUUAAAUGGUAUUCUUUCUGGUAGUCCUACUAGCCUUGCUGUUCUUGAGCAAACAGCUCAGCAGGCAACUGGGUCAGCAUUAGGACAGAUUCUUCCCCCAUUACUGCCUUCAUCUGCUAGUAGUUCUGAGAUUCUUCCAUCACCUAUUUGCUCUCAGUCUUCUGGCACUAGUGGAGGUCAGAGCCCUGUAAGUAGUGAUGCAGGUUUUGUUGAACCCAGUUCAGUGCCAUAUUUGCAUUUACACUCCAGACAGGGCAGUAUGAUUCAGACUCUUGCAAUGAAGAAGGCCUCAAAGGGGAGGAGGCGAUUAUCUCCUCCUACUUUGUUGCCAAAUUCUCCUUCGCACUUGAGUGAACUCACAUCUCUGAAAGAAGCUACUCCUUCCCCAAUUAGUGAGUCUCAUAGUGAUGAGACCAUUCCCAGUGAUAGUGGAAUUGGAACAGAUAAUAACAGCACAUCAGACAGGGCAGAGAAAUUUUGUGGGCAAAAAAAGAGGAGGCAUUCUUUUGAGCAUGUUUCUCUGAUUCCCCCUGAAACCUCUACAGUGCUAAGCAGUCUUAAAGAAAAACAUAAACACAAAUGUAAGCGCAGAAAUCAUGAUUACCUCAGCUAUGACAAGAUGAAAAGGCAAAAACGAAAACGGAAAAAGAAAUAUCCCCAGCUUCGAAAUAGACAGGAUCCAGACUUUAUUGCAGAGCUGGAGGAACUAAUAAGUCGCCUAAGUGAAAUUCGGAUCACCCAUCGAAGUCAUCAUUUUAUCCCUCGAGAUCUUCUGCCAACUAUCUUUCGAAUCAACUUUAAUAGUUUCUAUACACAUCCUUCUUUCCCCUUAGACCCUUUGCACUACAUUCGAAAACCUGACUUAAAAAAGAAAAGAGGGAGACCCCCUAAGAUGAGGGAGGCAAUGGCUGAAAUGCCUUUUAUGCACAGCCUUAGUUUUCCUCUUUCUAGUACUGGAUUCUAUCCAUCUUAUGGUAUGCCUUAUUCUCCUUCACCCCUUACAGCUGCUCCCAUAGGACUAGGUUACUAUGGAAGGUAUCCUCCCACUCUUUAUCCACCUCCUCCAUCACCUUCUUUCACCACGCCGCUUCCACCUCCUUCCUAUAUGCACGCUGGUCAUUUACUUCUCAAUCCCGCCAAAUACCAUAAGAAAAAGCAUAAGCUACUUCGACAGGAGGCCUUUCUUACAACCAGCAGGACUCCCCUCCUUUCAAUGAGUACAUACCCCAGUGUUCCUCCUGAGAUGGCUUAUGGUUGGAUGGUUGAGCACAAACACAGGCACCGUCACAAACACAGAGAACACCGUUCUUCUGAACAACCCCAGGUUUCUAUGGACACUGGCGCUUCCCGAUCUGUCCUGGAGUCUUUAAAGCGCUAUAGAUUUGGAAAGGAUACUGUUGGAGAGCGAUAUAAGCAUAAGGAAAAGCACCGUUGUCACAUGUCCUGCCCUCAUCUCUCUCCUUCAAAAAGCUUAAUAAACAGAGAGGAACAGUGGGUCCACCGAGAGCCUUCAGAAUCUAGUCCAUUGGCUUUGGGAUUGCAGACACCUUUACAGAUUGACUGUUCAGAAAGUUCUCCAAGUUUAUCCCUUGGAGGAUUCACUCCCAACUCUGAGCCAGCCAGCAGUGAUGAACAUACAAACCUUUUCACAAGUGCAAUAGGCAGCUGCAGAGUUUCAAACCCUAACUCCAGUGGCCGGAAGAAAUUAACUGACAGUCCUGGACUCUUUUCUGCACAGGACACUUCACUAAAUCGGUCUCACAGAAAGGAGUCACUGCCUUCUAACGAAAGGGCAGUACAGACUUCGGCAGUAAACGGAGUUCCCUCUCGAAGUCCAAGAUUAGUUGCUUCUGGGGAUGACUCUGUGGAUAGUCUGCUGCAGCGGAUGGUACAAAAUGAGGACCAAGAGCCCAUGGAGAAAAGGAUUGAUGCUGUGAUUGCAACUGCCUCUGCACCACCUUCUUCCAGUCCAGGCCGUAGCCACAGCAAGGACCGAACCCUGGGAAAACCAGACAGCCUUUUAGUGCCUGCAGUUGCAAGUGACUCUUGCAAUAAUAGCAUCUCACUCCUCUCUGAAGAGUUGACAAGCAGCUGUUCCCCCCAUCAUAUCAAGAGAAGUGUAGUGGAAGCUAUGCAACGCCAAGCUCGGAAAAUGUGCAAUUACAACAAAAUCUUGGCCACAAAGAAAAACCUAGACCACGUCAAUAAAAUUUUAAAAGCCAAAAAACUUCAAAGGCAGGCCAGGACAGGGAAUAACUUUGUGAAACGUAGGCCAGGUCGACCUCGGAAAUGUCCCCUUCAGGCUGUCAUAUCAAUGCAAGCAUUCCAGGCUGCUCAAUUUGUCAACCCAGAAUUGAACAGCGGCGAGGAAGGAGCAGCAUUGCACCUCAGUCCUGAUACAGUUACAGAUGUAAUUGAGGCUGUUGUUCAGAGUGUAAACCUGAACCCAGAACAUAAAAAGGGGUUGAAGAGAAAAGGUUGGCUAUUGGAGGAACAGACCAGAAAAAAGCAGAAGCCAUUACCAGAGGAAGAAGAGCAAGAGAAUAAUAAAAGCUUUAAUGAAGCACCAGUUGAGAUUCCCAGUCCUCCUGAAACCCCAGCUAAACCUCCUGAACCUGAAAGUACCUUGCAGCCUGUGCUUUCUCUCAUCCCAAGGGAAAAGAAGCCCCCACGUCCCCCAAAGAAGAAGUAUCAGAAAGCAGGGCUGUAUUCUGACGUUUACAAAACUACAGACCCAAAGAGUCGAUUGAUCCAAUUAAAGAAAGAGAAGCUGGAAUAUACUCCAGGAGAGCAUGAAUAUGGAUUAUUCCCAGCGCCCAUUCAUGUUGGAAAGUAUCUAAGACAAAAGAGAAUUGACUUCCAGCUUCCUUAUGAUAUCCUUUGGCAGUGGAAACACAAUCAGCUAUACAAAAAGCCAGAUGUCCCACUGUAUAAGAAAAUUCGUUCAAAUGUCUACGUUGAUGUCAAACCCCUUUCUGGUUACGAAGCUACCACCUGUAACUGUAAGAAGCCAGAUGAUGACACCAGGAAGGGCUGUGUUGAUGACUGCCUCAAUAGAAUGAUCUUUGCUGAGUGUUCCCCCAACACUUGCCCAUGUGGUGAGCAAUGCUGUAACCAGAGGAUACAGAGGCAUGAAUGGGUGCAAUGUCUAGAACGAUUUCGAGCUGAGGAAAAAGGUUGGGGAAUCAGAACCAAAGAGCCCCUAAAAGCUGGGCAGUUCAUCAUUGAAUACCUAGGGGAGGUUGUCAGCGAACAGGAAUUCAGGAACAGGAUGAUUGAGCAGUAUCAUAAUCACAGUGACCACUACUGCCUGAACCUGGAUAGUGGGAUGGUGAUUGACAGUUACCGCAUGGGAAAUGAGGCCCGAUUCAUCAACCACAGCUGUGACCCAAAUUGUGAAAUGCAGAAAUGGUCUGUUAAUGGAGUAUACCGGAUUGGACUCUAUGCUCUUAAAGAUAUGCCAGCUGGGACUGAACUCACUUAUGAUUAUAACUUUCAUUCCUUCAAUGUGGAAAAACAGCAACUUUGUAAGUGUGGAUUUGAGAAAUGUCGAGGAAUCAUCGGAGGCAAGAGUCAGCGUGUGAAUGGACUCACCAGCAGCAAAAACAGCCAGCCCAUGGCCACACACAAAAAAUCUGGACGGUCAAAAGAGAAGAGAAAGUCUAAGCACAAGCUGAAGAAAAGGAGAGGCCAUCUCUCUGAGGAACCCAAUGAAAAUAUCAAUACCCCAACUAGAUUGACCCCCCAAUUACAGAUGAAGCCAAUGUCCAAUCGUGAAAGGAACUUUGUAUUAAAGCAUCAUGUAUUCUUGGUCCGAAACUGGGAGAAGAUUCGUCAGAAACAGGAGGAAGUAAAGCACACCAGUGAUAAUAUUCACUCAGCAUCAUUAUAUACCCGUUGGAAUGGGAUCUGCCGAGAUGAUGGAAAUAUCAAGUCUGAUGUCUUCAUGACCCAGUUCUCUGCCCUGCAGACAGCUCGAUCUGUUCGAACAAGACGGUUGGCAGCUGCAGAGGAAAAUAUUGAAGUGGCUCGGGCAGCCCGCCUAGCCCAGAUCUUCAAAGAAAUUUGUGAUGGUAUCAUCUCUUAUAAAGAUUCUUCCCGGCAAGCACUGGCAGCUCCACUUUUGAACGUUCCCCCAAAGAAAAAGAAUGCUGAUUAUUAUGAGAAGAUCUCUGAUCCCCUAGAUCUUAUCACCAUAGAGAAGCAGAUCCUCAUUGGUUACUAUAAGACAGUGGAAGCUUUUGAUGCUGACAUGCUCAAAGUCUUUCGGAAUGCUGAGAAGUACUAUGGGCGUAAAUCCCCAAUUGGGAGAGAUGUUUGCCGUCUACGAAAGGCCUAUUACAAUGCCCGGCAUGAGGCAUCAGCCCAAAUCGAUGAGAUUGUGGGAGAGACAGCAAGUGAGGCAGACAGCAGUGAGACCUCAGUCUCUGAAAAGGAGAAUGGGCAUGAGAAGGACGACGAUGUUAUUCGCUGUAUCUGUGGCCUCUACAAGGAUGAAGGUCUCAUGAUCCAGUGUGACAAGUGCAUGGUAUGGCAGCACUGUGAUUGUAUGGGAGUGAACUCAGAUGUGGAGCACUACCUUUGUGAGCAGUGUGACCCAAGGCCUGUGGACAGGGAGGUUCCCAUGAUCCCUCGGCCCCACUAUGCCCAACCUGGCUGUGUCUACUUCAUCUGUUUGCUCCGAGAUGACUUGCUGCUUCGUCAGGGUGACUGUGUGUAUCUGAUGAGAGAUAGUCGGCGCACCCCUGAUGGCCACCCGGUCCGUCAGUCCUAUCGACUGUUAUCUCACAUUAACCGAGAUAAACUUGACAUCUUUCGCAUUGAGAAGCUUUGGAAGAAUGAAAAAGAGGAACGGUUUGCCUUUGGUCAUCAUUAUUUCCGUCCCCACGAAACACACCACUCUCCAUCCCGUCGGUUCUAUCAUAAUGAACUCUUUCGGGUGCCACUGUAUGAGAUCAUUCCUUUGGAGGCUGUAGUGGGGACCUGCUGUGUGUUGGACCUUUAUACGUAUUGUAAAGGGAGACCCAAAGGAGUGAAGGAGCAAGAUGUGUACAUCUGUGAUUAUCGGCUUGACAAGUCAGCACACCUGUUUUACAAGAUCCACCGGAACCGCUAUCCUGUCUGCACCAAACCCUAUGCUUUUGAUCACUUCCCCAAGAAGCUCACUCCCAAAAAAGAUUUCUCGCCUCAUUACGUCCCAGACAACUACAAGAGGAAUGGAGGACGAUCAUCCUGGAAGUCUGAGCGCUCAAAGCCACCCCUAAAAGACUUGGGCCAGGAGGAUGAUGCUCUACCCUUGAUUGAAGAGGUUCUAGCCCGUCAAGAACAAACAGCCAGUGAGAUACCCAACCUGGAGGAGCCAGAACGGGAGGGGGCCACCACUAACGUCAGUGAGGGUGAAAAAAAAACAGAGGAAAGUAGUCAAGAACCCCAAUCAACCUGUACCCCUGAGGAACGACGGCAUAACCAACGGGAACGACUCAACCAGAUCUUGCUCAAUCUCCUUGAAAAAAUCCCUGGAAAAAAUGCCAUUGAUGUGACCUACUUGCUGGAGGAAGGAUCAGGCAGGAAACUGCGAAGGCGUACUUUGUUCAUCCCAGAAAACAGCUUUCGAAAGUGACCCUCAAAGAAUGAGAACCUCAAGCAUCUGGGAUCCAGUGGACUGAUAAGCUAAUCAGUCCUGCCUCCUGCUCUCUGGGUAUAGACCGGGGUGGGAAGGGUCUGUCCGGGCAAGGGGAAUGGGGCCAUGUUGUUGACAUUAGGUACUUAAUAAGCCUUGGAGCUAGUGGAGAGGGAGAGGAAGGGGUUCUGUCCAAGACAGUUCAGGUUAAUUAAUUUUCCUCUCCAUUGCUUCACCUUAAGGGUUAAUGUAGAGAGGAGGGAGAACCACACUGAUGACCAGAACCUACUGGUACUUUAUAGCAUUUGCCCCUCCCCACAGCUUAAGUUUUUCUGUCAUCCUCAGAUCCCACAGGCAUUACUAAGAAGCUACUUCCUAUACCCAGGUAUAACUCAGAAUCCAAAGGAAUAGGGCCAGGACCCUACUCCUACCCCGUCUAUUCUUUAUUGGCUCCAAGAGCUACCCCAGAGACCUUAAACAGAAACAGUAGCUGGGGCUUCUUCCCAGAUACCUGACUAGGGAAGUUUCUCUCUCCUUUCUUGCCCAACCAGGUCAAAGUAAAAUGUGAGUUGACAGCUCAAAGCACUUGUAACUGCUGCCCCUCUCCCUACCUCUACUCCCCAAAAUGGAAUCAUGGGAUAGGGAAGGCCCCCAUGGGGUCAGAAGGGCACGGUAGUUCUUGCAAUUAUUUUUGUUUUACCCUUCAUAACCUGUCGGACAUAUUUUUUUCUAAUGAGAAAGCCAGGCCCCCGCCAGCACACAUGCUGUUUUUAAUGCGCUGUAGUUCUUGUGUGUCUGCUGUGCUGUGCAAAUGGAGAUUCAGUUCAAAAUAAAAUCAUUUAAAAACCUACAUAAAAAGAACUCUAAACCCACCCCGGCAACAAAAGUCACUACAUAAACUGUUCAGCAGUAUUCACCUAUCAGAGUAUUUGUUGUGAGUAUAGAUUAUCAAUUGAAAACACUACUCUUGUUUUCUUAAUUGUACAGUUUUCAAUGUCCCUUUCUUAAAGAGACGGUGUAUUUCUCUUCACCCCUAGUCCCAUCUUCCCUCACCCUCCUGAAUGACAUCAGGAGGUAUAUCCAGGGUGUCUCCUUCCUUCCUACUCUCUUGACCAGAAGUUACCAGACUAUACUGUCUCUUUAAAAAUAAAAUUUAAAAAGCUUUGUUGUCUUUUCAGACAUACAUAUGCAUAUAUGUUUUAGAUGUUCUUAUAAGAGAAAAGAUGGUUUUUAAAUGUGCCAAGUUGUGUGUGUGUGUAUAUAUAUGUGUGUGUAUGUGUGUGUGUGUAUAUAUAUGUGUGUAUAUAUACACACACACACAUACACACCUGCUGCGUGAUUGGUAAGCAAUACAAUAGUAAACAUGUCCCCAUUACUUUUUUCUAAUAUUGGACCAAUGCUGUCCUAAUUGUACAUUUCCCCUUAUGGUGACGAUGCUCUGACUCGUUUAGGUAGACACAAUGACCACCUUCCAUUCCAUUGAAUAUUUUUUUCUUUUUCCCCUUUCUGUGUCAUUCUUGAGGAAAAAACAAAAGAGAUAGGGGAUGCCAAUGAUCCCCUUGAGCAGAGAAAAAAAGCAAAAUAAAUAUUUUAUUAAAGAAAAAAAGAGAAUUAAGAAAAUAGUUUGGAGUAUUUUCUUACUGUAGAGAAGCACUGUACAUUACUAAGAGACCUGGGUAUAAGAUACUCACAUGUGGAGCUGGAAAAAUCGCAUGUCCAAGCCCGUUUGAGUGGUUUCUUUUGUUUUUCAUUGCAGGGAGUGGGUGGGAGGGAGGUGGGACUAGGGGCACUUUGGGGGUCUCCUUUUAGUCAAAAGCGAGAAAAUGACAAGAAAGAGAUUAAAAUUCAAUGUUUCCUUUAUAGUGUUAAACACUAAAAUUUUAAAAAAGAUGAAAAAGAAAAAAACUUUGUAAAAUGCGAGAACAGAAGCAAAAGACACUACGCUCUGUCAUUUUAUCUUUCUUUUGUUGAAAGACUAAAAAAAAAACUGAAAUGUUUUUUAGACAAUCAAAUGUUAGGUAAGUGCAAAAACUUGUUUUUUCUUACUGGUGUAGAAAUUAAUGCCUUUUUUUAUUUUUCAGUUAUUUUAUAAUAACGAAAUAAAAAGAACCCCCCAGCUGCCAGGCGGGUUUUGGUGUUUGAAAUGCGGGGCAAAGCACUACAUCACUGCAAAUAGAUACAGAGUUAGUCUGCAUGUCUGUAGGCUGUGUGAUUGCGGAAAAUAUAAAUGCUGCUAAUAUAUUUCCUUUUUACAAAAGCAUAUCUAAAUAGAUGAUUGUUUUGAUGUUAAUCUUUGUAAAUUAUGUAUUACCAAUUUUAACAUUGGAUGUAAUUGCAUACAAAGCUUGCAUCUCAAUCCUUGAAAGUCUAGUAUUAAAUGGAAAAAACUUUUCCUAACUGUG